AUGCCGUGGACUGUAACCAAUUCCUUCAAGCGCGGUCUGAUGAUGAAAACAUAUGGGAGAUCCUCCUGGCGCGUCUAUGACGAUGACCAGCAUCCGGCAGCCAAGAAACGACGCGUCCAGUCGGGCAGCGAUUCGGACGACGCUGAAAAUAGUCUCCAAUACGCCAUUCGCGAAUCCUCCGCCGCCAUCCGGUCGAGCCCAUCGCGUCGCAACUCCGUUCAGCUCUCAGAAGCUACCGAGGAUGUCGCCCUGUCCACGCCGCCCUCAUCGCCGCCGCCGCGUCUGAGCCCGCCGCCCGCCAACACGCGCAAACCGACCUUUGCGUUCCUCAAGCGCAAACAUGCCUCCGUUACCGCAAAAGACGCCACCCCCAACGGCUCCGGCUCCCCCCUCACCGAGGUCAACUCCAACAGCGUGCGCGCCUCCGUCGAUCCGCCCAAGAAGAAAGCUGCUGCUGCGGCGGCCGCCGGCACACCGCAUCAGCCCGCCCUGCGCCAGAUGCAGAUCGACCUGGGCCAUGAGGUGCGCCGCACCUGCGCCACCUGCGGCAUGGAAUACGUCCCGUCCAACGCCGAGGAUGCCGCCCUGCACAAGAAAUUCCACGAUAUGAAUUCUACCGGCGUCGAUCUGGGCAAGGCAUUUAUGCGCGCCAACGCCUCACGAUGGGUCUACGAAGCCACCCGCUUCGACGAGGGAUACGUGGUCAUCGUCGACCGUAAGGCCUCGCCCACCGCGAAGAACCAGGCCAAGAAGGUCCUCGAGGUCAUCAGCAAGGAGCUCUCGUCGCCGGAGAUCGAGGACGACGUGCUGUGGAGUCAAAUCGAGCCGCCCGAACACCUCCGCGGGUCCCACGGGUCAGCCGAAAAGGUCGAUCGCUACAAGGUGUUUUUACAUAUGAAGGAUAGUCGCUGCGUGGGCGCGUGUCUGACGGAGCGCAUCUGGGAGGCACACCCGGUUGAGAAGCCCACCGCCCCGCGUAACGGCGUCGACACCGCUGUCACCAGACGCGACGUAACACAUCCGGCCAUCGUGGGAGUCUCACGCAUCUGGACCUCAGGCGCGUCGCGACGAAAGGGCAUUGCCAUGGAUCUGCUGGACUGUGUCGUGAGCAAUUUCAUUUAUGGCAUGGAGAUCCCCAAAGAGCAGAUGGCGUUCAGCCAGCCGACCGAGAGUGGGAAGGCGCUGGCGCAAGCCUUCUUCGGCGACGAGGAGUGGCAUGUCUACGAGGAGAGCUGA